CUGUCCCCCUCCUCUCCUGCCCUCCCCCCCCCCUCCCCUGCUCACCAGCCGCGCGCCGCAUUUCCCGCCCGCUUCCUGCAUCCAAGUCGCCCGACCGCGGGGAGACCACCAUGUCCAGCUCUGCCCCCGGGGCGCCGCCCCCCACUUCGGCCGUUUUCGGAGGAGGAGACGACACUCCUGCCGUUGUGCUGGAGAUCGGCUCAUACGCCACUCGCGCCGGUUGGGCCGGCGACCUCAGCCCCGAAGCUAACAUCCUGUCUUCCAUCAGUGUCAACACCUCGGAUCCAGCCCGUGCGUCGCGGUUUGUCGGCGACCAUGCGGUCUUCACCCGGCGCGAUGAUGCCGAGCUCAUCCAGCCCAUUCGCGCUGGCGCCGUGACCAACUGGGAUGAUGCGGAGGCCAUCUGGUCGCAGGCUUUCAAUCAGCUGGGCGCCGUGAAGGGCGAAGAUCCCCUCUUCAUGAUCGAGCCCUCCUUUGCUCCGCCCUCCUUCCGGAAUACCCUGGCUGAGCACAUGUUCGAGACGUAUUCCCUGCCGGCCUUCUACGUGGCCCGAGAUGCCGUGUGUGCGGCCUUCGCCUCGCACCGCGCCACCGCCCUUGUGGUGGACAUUGGUGCCACCAAGACCACGGUCACGCCGGUGCUCGAUGGAAUAGCCCUGCGCAAGGCCAUCGCCUGGCAGCCUCUUGGUGGUGACCUGCUCGACGCGCUGGCCCUGCAUGCGGUGGCCAAGCGCGAGGUCGCCUUCGGUGUGGCCCCGGGCGAGGACCAGGCGGCAGCCUCUGCCGCGACCACGGGGAGCCCCCAGCGCCGAACUCUCCGGCCUGGGCCCAACCACACCAUCACCCCGGGCUAUUUGGUCCUGGACAAGCGCCCCACCAACGCCGGCCAGCCGGCCCAAUUCAAAACCCGCUCCUUCCCCAACACACAUCCUUCCUUCCAUUCUUUCCAUCAGCUGCGCGUGGCCGCCGACUGGCGCCAGUCCAUCACGGCCGUUCCUCCCAGCCCGCUGCCCUCUUUUUCGGACACCUCGGCCGCCGGGUGUGCCGCCCGGGCGCAAGCCCAUACCAGCCUGUCUGUGAGUGCCCACGGAUCCCAGCGACUGUACGAGUUCCCGUGCGGCUUCAACGACCUGUACGGCGGCCUGGAGCGAGCCGUCUGCGGGGAGGUUCUCUUUAACCCGCGUGACAUCCUCCAGGCGUAUGGGCUGCCGAUCAGCUACCCGACAGCCGGCCUGCCGCCGAGCGUCAGCCACACCCCAGGGGCCGAAUCCUCCAACUACCUGGGCCUGCCGGAGCUGAUUGAGCGCUGCCUGGCCAAUGUGGAUGUGGACAAUCGCGCGGCUCUGGCAUCGCACAUUGCCCUGGCCGGAGGGUGCUCGGCAAUCGACGGCCUGGCCAGCCGCCUGUCGGCCGAGCUGGGCCAGCGCCUGCAGUCCUUCCAGCAGCCGCGCAUCAUCGCUGAGGCAUCGCCCAUGGACCGGCGGAACAUGGCCUGGACCGGGGGCAGCAUUGUCACCAGUCUCUCCAGCUUCGGUACCAAGUGGGUCAGCCGCGCCGAGUGGGAGGAGUCCGGCCAUGUGGCCCUGAACCGCCGAUGCGUGUAAAUGGCCCAGCUCUGCUACCCGUGCGCGCAACCGGGCCGGCCCCCUCCCAGCCGACCUCGUGCUCCCUCUCCUUCCCGGCACUGUCUUUCCCCCGCCCCGUCCCGGUCCCCUGUGUGCCACCUUUGCUUGCCUGCCUGCCUCUGUGUGUUGAUGACGCCUGCACACACACACACACACA